AUGGCUGACCAAAAAGUUGCCUUGAUUGUGAUUGAUGGCUGGGGUAUUGCAGGCCCCAACUCCCCACCCCAGGGAGAUGCCAUCGCUGCGGCCGAUACCCCACACAUGUCAGGCUUCGCUGAGCCCAACUCCAAGACCGCCCAGGGCUUCGCCGAGUUGGAUGCCUCCUCGCUCGCUGUUGGUCUGCCCGAGGGUCUGAUGGGCAACAGUGAGGUCGGUCACCUGAACAUUGGUGCUGGUCGUGUUGUCUGGCAGGACAGUGUUCGCAUUGACCAGACCAUGAAGAAGGGCGAGAUGGGCAAGGUCCCCAGUGUCAUCAAGUCUUUCACCCGUGCAAAGGAGGGUAAUGGACGUCUCCACCUUCUGGGCUUGGUCUCGAAUGGUGGUGUUCACUCCAACAUCACUCAUUUGUUCGCCUUGCUCCAGGUCGCCAAGGACAUGCAGAUCCCCGAGGUCUUCAUCCACUUCUUCGCCGAUGGACGUGAUACCGACCCCAAGAGCGCCGACAAGUUCAUGCAACAGGUGCUUGAGAAGACACAGGAGAUCGGUAUCGGCGCAAUUGCCACUGUCGUGGGCCGCUACUACAUCAUGGACCGCGAUAAGCGCUGGGAGCGUGUUGAGAUUGGCCUCAAGGGUCUGGUCACUGGCGAGGGUGAGGACAGCUCGGACCCGCUACAAACCAUCAAGGAGCGCUAUGAGAAGAACGAGAACGAUGAGUUCCUGAAGCCCAUCAUUGUUGGCGGCAAGGAACGCCGUGUCCAAGAUGACGAUACCCUCUUCUUCUUCAACUACCGCUCGGAUCGUGUCCGUGAAAUCACCCAGCUGCUGGGCGACUAUGACCGUUCCCCGCGUCCCGACUUCCCCUACCCCAAGAACAUCUCCCUCACCACCAUGACCCAGUACAAGACUGACUACACCUUCGAUAAGAACCUCCAGCAAUGCCACAUUGCUGAGACUGAGAAGUACGCUCACGUCACUUUCUUCUUUAACGGUGGUAUUGAGAAGGAUUUCCCCGGCGAAACCCGCGAUAUGAUUCCUUCGCCCCGAGUCGCUACCUACGAUCUUGACCCAAAGAUGAGUGCAGCUGCUGUCGGUACCAAGAUGGCUGAGCGCCUUGGCGAGAAGAAGUUCGACUUUGUCAUGAACAACUUCGCCCCUCCCGACAUGGUCGGCCACACUGGCGUGUACGAGGCCGCCAUCCAGGGUGUUGCUGCCACUGAUAAGGCCAUUGGCGAGAUCUAUGAGGCUUGCAAGAAGAACAACUACACUCUGUUCAUUACCGCCGAUCACGGAAACGCCGAGGAGAUGCUCAACGAGAAGGGCACCCCCAAGACCUCCCAUACCCUUAACAAGGUUCCCUUCGUUAUGGCCAACGCCCCAGAGGGCUGGAGCCUCAAGAAGGACGGUGUCUUGGGUGAUGUCGCGCCUACCGUUCUCGCCGCCAUGGGCGUCGAGCAGCCCGAGGAGAUGACUGGUGCCAACCUGCUGGUCAAGUCCUAG